GACCUGUCACACACUAGCGACGUCGCAGGUUCCGUGAUGUUUGUUGAGCGUUGACGUCAUGGCAGCCAAAAUGGAGCUUGCGCCUCUCAGACAGUGGGAUGAUUUCUAUCCCGGAACGGAGCGCUUCGCCAAGCCGGAUUUCACAAAUCUGGCAAAAUGGAACAACAGAGUUAUCAGCAAUUUAAUAUACUACCAGACGAACUACUUCGCCGCGGCCGUGGUCAUUUUCCUCAUUGUUGGGUUCCUGAACCCACUCGGCAUGUUUCUUGGAGGAACCGUCGUGACUUUGGUAUUCAUGGGUUGCGUGUGGGCCGGCGAGAAUCAAGGCAUCAUCAAGAACUUCAAGAAAAAGAACCCCACCUUGUUUGUCAUCUGCGUCAUGGUCACCAGUUACUUCCUGCUGUCGCUGUGCGGUGGUGUCAUGGUCUUCAUCUUUGGCAUCACCUUCCCUCUGCUGUUAAUACUCAUCCAUGCCUCCUUGAGACUGCGGAACAUGAAGAACAGGCUGGAGAAUAAAGUGGAAGGUGUCGGGAUGAAGAAGACUCCCAUGGGCAUCAUCAUGGAUCUUUUGGAUCAGCAGGAGGAGAAAGUUAACAAAAUUCAGGAUUAUAUCGAAAGCAAAAUGAAACAGUGAGAUUGUAGCAAAGGAAACUCUGCGCCAUCACCCAACGUACCAUAAGUAGAAUGACAUUUGUACUUUAGGCCCUCCGAGCUUCCCUUUGGCUUUUUCGUACAGUUACAUGAGCACACUCCUCGCAAUGUGUACAGAAUCACAGUUGAAAGACAAAUGGCAGCAUUCCCAUGUCUAAAGAUUUAAAAAUACACGCAUCCCCCUGCUGAUAUUGGCCUUCUUCGGCACGCACCCCGGGUGGUUUUAUGUUUGGCUUGAUUGCGCUAACUUGCAUUGCUAGUUUAGAUUUCCUACUUUUAAUAAGAAACCCAGUACAAGACGUGGAUUUACUCAUUAGAUCUAUCACUUGGGGAUUCGUAUGAAUACCGACCCGAGGCCAAUGCGUUUCUGGUGUACAUGUGUUCUCACUCCUAAUCUCGAGUAUAAAUAGAACAAUGUUUUUUUCCGGCUGUGUGACCAUGUGCUGAAAGCAAAGACCGGCCUGAACGUAUCUCCUCUGAUCUUUGCUGUGCAAGUGAAAAAAGGAAUGGCUCUUCCAGCUUUAUUCUACUACAGUGUGUAUAUUUUUGCUGUUAGCGUGUAUUAUUUCUGGUGUAUUAGGAAUGGUGGCGGCUGUAGGACGCGCACAAUUAUUAAUUCAACUGAGAGGAAACACAAUUUAUCUUCCUUUUAUACCGCAGGCAAAUAUUCCCUGAAGCUAACCUCUUGUGCACAUUGACUGCACACUGCAUGAACGCCACAGGAUGGAUAUACAUAUGUUACAUGUGAUGACAUGUGAUGGUGUGAUCCACAUUACCAAAUAUUAAACAUGGCUAUAUAAAACAA